GUGGAAUUUAGGAACUACUUUUAGCUUCUUCUUCGUCUCUCCUCUCUAGGUGGGUUUCUGUUUUCAUUGAAAUGAACUUCGUUGGAGAUAGAGAUUCUGAAUCAGAAAUCUCAAGCAUCCAUUGAUUGAAUGAGUCAGAAUUUGUCGGUGGAGGUGAUGGCCGGCGGCAGUCGUCGGAGAUUGUGGCCGGUGGAGGUCGUUAGAAGUGGUGGCCGGAAGUUGGCCGGCAGCGAAUGCUGAAGAUGAUGGCCGGAGGUGGUCACUAGAGAUGGUGGCUAGAGGUUGGCCGGCGGUGGUUGCUAAAGAGCUUGAAUGAUUUUGGAACAUCUUCCACACUUCUAGAUCCUAAAAUGACACCAAGAACAAGUAGAGGUCCUAGAGCUCAGAAGUCCAGAAUUUCUUCAAGUGAAGGCCCAAAUUUGGUUCUAAUUGCUGGUGGUGCAUUAUUGAGCACCCUAUCAAUUCGCCUAGGCUUCAAGCUGAAACAAGCAUUUGAUACAAGGCAGCUGAAGGAUAGUGACAGUUCUUUGACAGGAAAUGCAAAGUCUUCUGACAGAAGAAAGGCUGCUGGUUGUCGUUGCUCGAAUGUGUAUUCAUUUCCGCGAGAUGAUGAACGUUGCUUCAACUGUAUGCCAGGGACUCAAUAUACCACGGAUGUUAAGUGUCCACCUACUGAUCAAAUGGUGGUUGCAUCGGAGAGCGCUCUUCCUUUGGUGAUGGUUCCUGCUUCUGGAUUUAACAAGGAGAACAGUAUUAUUUGGGCAUCGUCUCCUGACCAGCUCGAGUUGCCUGCAAAGCAAUUCCACCAUUCAAAUUGCUCAGAUUCACCUUGUGUCUCGGAUUCUGGUUCCGAUAUCUUUAGCAAACGUGAAGUGAUUCAUAAGCUGAGGCACCAAUUGAAAAGGAGAGAUGAUAUGAUACUGGAAAUGCAAGAUCAAAUUGUUCACUUGCAAAAUUCUCUUAACGCUCAAGCAGCCCAUUCCUCCCAUUUACAAUCACAACUUGAUGCCGCAAACCAAGACUUGUUUGAUUCAGAAAGAGAGAUUCAGAAGCUCAGAAAAGCAAUUGCAGAUCACUGUUUGGGGCAAAUGGGCCCCAACGAUAAGUCACCUUCGACAGUAAGAAGUUGGUCGAGCGAGACGAGGAACGGUCAUGCAAAUGGUGGUUAUAUGGAUGUUAAUUGCAAUUUUGAGGUACCUGAAAAAGUAAGAGAUGGGGAGAGGAUUGAGAUGUUGAAAAAAGAGGUAGGAGACUUAAAGGAUGUGAUAGAAGGAAAAGAAUAUUUAUUGCAAAGCUAUAAGGAGCAGAAGACAGAACUUUCUUUGAAGAUCAAGGAAUUGCAACAGAGACUAGAUUCUCAACUACCCAACAUUUUGUAGGAUCAUUUCAGAUUGUGUAUUCUUUGCUUGCCCCAUUUUCAAAUUAUGAUCUCAAUUUUCAUUGAGCACCAUCUUCUCUCACCUCCCUUUUCAGUUUAAAUUUUUGGUUGGUUAAUUAGUAGUAUAGGUUAGAUCUUUUGAUGCAUUGUUUUUCAAUGGAGUGCAAAUUUACAUGAGCAAUGAGUGAUAUAUUUGAGGUAGGUGCCUGCCAUGCCUAUAUCUCACUACAUGUAGUUGGCCACCUCUUGCAGAAAUGUUUGUUUAAUUGAUUGUUUUAUAUCUCGUUUUGAUAAGUUUUCCCCAA